CGUUGCGGGACGUUUAAGCAGGGAGCUUGGACAGCGGGUAUUGCCUUCCACUGACAUGAGAAACCCGCGUCGUAAAUUUCGUCACUGUGGUGGUGGAGGCAAAGGAUCACCUUCCCCCUACAGUCUGAAAUGCUCUCCAACUCGAGAGACAUUAACAUAUGCUCAAGCACAACGCAUGGUGGAAGUUGAGAUGGAAGGGCGUCUUCACCGAAUUAGUAUAUAUGAUCCUUUAAGAAUUGUCUCGGAGGAUGAGCUAACUGCGCAUGAUAUUAUAGAAUGCAACAGCAACAAAGAGAACAGUGAACUGCCUCUUGCUUCCCCAUGUCGAAAGAUGGCCUUUAAAAGCAAAAAGCACGAGCUAUGCCCUAAGCAAGCUCAAACCACCUCUUCCCUCCAGCUUCCCCAGCCAUGUUUUAGAGUUAUUGAGCCUUUUAGUCUGGAAGUUGAAAGUGAACCAUAUUCUUUACCUGAUAGCUUCUAUUGUUAUAUUGAACGUUCAACAAAAGAGAUGGACCAGGAAGUUGAAUAUGACCUUGAUGAAGUAGAUCUGGCCUGGCUGGAAAUGAUCAAUGAAAAGCGGAAGAAUGACGGAUUAUCUCUGGUGUCAGCUGAUGUCUUUGAACUUCUGUUAGAUAGGUUGGAGAAAGAGUCCUAUAUGCAAAGUCGUCGCAGCGGUGCACCACAGUCUGCUAUUGAUGAAGAUGCAUUUUGUUGUGUUUGUUUAGAUGAUGAGUGCCACAAUAGCAAUGCCAUAUUAUUUUGCGAUAUCUGCAACUUGGCUGUUCACCAGGAAUGUUAUGGUGUACCAUACAUUCCUGAAGGGCAGUGGCUUUGCCGAUGCUGCCUUCAGUCACCAUCAAAACCUGUAAGUUGUGUGCUUUGCCCCAACCAAGGUGGAGCUUUUAAGCAGACUAGUGAUGGGCGAUGGGCACAUGUGGUUUGUGCUAUUUGGAUUCCAGAAGUUUGCUUUGCUAACACAGUGUUCUUAGAGCCAGUAGAAGGGGUUAACAACAUUCCAUCUGCUCGGUGGAAGUUGACUUGUUACCUUUGCAAACAAAAAGGGCGUGGGGCAGCCAUCCAGUGCCACAAAGUGAACUGUUAUACAGCUUUUCAUGUGACAUGUGCCCAGAGAGCAGGUCUUUUUAUGAAGGUAGAACCUGUUAGAGAGACUGGUUUAAAUGGCACCACGUUCACAGUACGUAAAACUGCUUUCUGUGAGCUUCAUUGUCCACCAGGUACACACAAAAAAGGAAUAUUGAGAUGUGGUGGCAAAGUAGACAAUAAGGACAAUGGAAAGGAGGAUGAGGCCAACAGAGAGGACAGUAAAUUUUCUAAGAAGGGAGCUGGGAAGAGAGGACGGGAGAAACAGAAGAUAAAAAGAGAGCAGAAGGAGACUGUGUGUGGAAGAGUUUCUGCGCCAGUGAUGACUGUUAUGCAGAUUCCUUCAUGUCGGUUAAGCAAAAUCUCUAGUGGUGUAUGCCUGCAAAAGAAAACUCAUUUCUUGCAGCGUUUGCAUAAUUAUUGGUUGCUUAAACGACAAUCGAGAAAUGGUGUACCGCUUAUCCGAAGGCUGCACUCACACAUGCAGUCCCAAAGAAGUGCUGAACUGAAAGAACAGGAUGAAAGGACAUCUGCUGUAAAAGAGGAGCUGAAAUACUGGCAGAAACUAAGACAUGAUCUGGAGAGAGCAAGAUUAUUGACAGAACUUAUUCGCAAAAGGGAAAAGUUAAAGAGAGAACAAGUUAAAUUGCACCAAGCAGCUAUGGAACUACAGCUGACCCCAUUCACUGUAUUUCUCCGUACCACUUUGGAUUUGCUUCAGGAGAAGGAUUCGGCAAAUAUUUUCACUGAACCUGUAAAUCUCAAGGAAGUUCCUGAUUACAGAAAUUUUAUUGUUCAUCCUAUGGAUUUUUCUACAAUGCGACAAAAGCUUGAGGGUCACCAAUAUACAUCUCUGCAUGCGUUUGAAGAUGAUUUUAACUUGAUGGUUUCAAAUUGUCUUCGCUACAAUUCACAGGAAACAGUCUUCCACCAAGCUGCUCUUAGGCUUCAUCAGUUAGGAGCUGCUAUUUUACGUCAUGCAAGACGUCAAGUUGAGAGCACUGGUUAUGAUCCUCAAACUUGUCUUCACCUUCCUGAACAGCCACGCACUGCUGACUACUAUAGGGUUUCCUGGGACGAGGUGGAUCAACUCCUGCUUCCAGAGAACAGAGCACAUCUUUCUCCCGAAUGCCAGUUGAAAGAACUCCUAGAGAAACUUGAAGUUGUAAAUAGCUUCCGGACUAGUGGUGCUCGCACAAGGCGUCUAAGGCUACUUCGAAAGGAAAUUAAUUUGUUACGUCAAAGGCUGGCACCACGCAGUCGAGACCCACAAGAAACUGAUGCUGGGGUCAUCAAUGGCUUUGGGAAUCACACAGAAAGUGGAUCAGAUUCUGAUAGCAGCUCAGUUUUGAGUCGGCUGACUGUCUUAAACUGCUGUGGAAGUCUCAUGCCCCUGGGAAAGCCUGCCCUGUUACGGGUACCCUUCUUCGAGACUAUGAAUGGUGAUUUUGAUUAUAACUACCAAGGACGCAGUCCUCUGAUGUCAUUUGAUGCUGGUGUUGAACUGCAGCCUCUCCAGCUGGUGUGGGCCAAGUGUCGUGGGUACCCAUCUUAUCCUGCUCUGAUCAUUGAUCCCAAGAUGCCUAGGGAGGGGCUGCUUCACAAUGGUGUACCAAUCCCUGUGCCUCCAUUAGAGGUUCUAAAUCUGGGAGAGCAGAGGCACAUUGAGGCUGAAGGCCAGCAACUCUUUCUGGUGCUGUUCUUUGACAAUAAAAGGACUUGGCAGUGGCUUCCAAGUGACAAGGUUAUACCUCUGGGUGCUGAUGACACUCUGGACAAACUCAAAAUGCUAGAGGGCCGGAAGGCUAGCAUUCGAAAGUCAGUGCAAGUGGCUUAUGACCGUGCUAUGAAUCACAGGAGCCGUGUCAGUGGGUCUCACCCAUUUAUAACCCCAAACUAUCUGUAAUGUUCUGUACAUACUUUUCACUUCCCAUUCAGCAUGUGCCAAAAAAAUUGAACCUGAAUAUUGAAAUGCAGCUUCAUUGGGAAUCCUGGAAAUCAGUCACAAUCAUAAUUUCUCUGGAAUUUUGUAGCAAACAUUGGGCAACAAUAUGCCAAAUGGCCACAGCUCUGAUCCUUCUCUAGUAAAUCCCCAGCCUGUUGAAGGAAACAGCUCUACAAAGCUGUGAUUUAUGCAUUAAUUUAAAUAUAAGCUUUUUUUCUAUAUAAUUUUUGGAUAUGGCUAUGGAAAGUACAGAGUAUUUCUGAAAUUUCUUAAUACAGGUAUGCAAGCUAUUAUUUGAAAAAUCACACUAUAGAGUUGAGAAUCAGCAGUGCCAUUUAGCAGGGUUUAUUGUUUAACCCUGUGUAUGCCUUUGUUCUUGAGCAAAAUAAAUACAACAUAAUUUCAUGUGCUUAAAAAUGUGUUGUGUCCAUUCCUUUUUAAUAAAAAAAAAUCCAUCCAUAAUCUGGUAAUUUUUUUAACAGAUUAUUGUUUUUUCACUCUUACUACAAUCAGGAGAGUGCAUUUGAAUAAUGAGCUCUGUCUAAAGAAGCCUCUAGCCUUCCCUCAUUUGCAGCCUGUGUUCUAGGAAGUUAUAAAUUAAAGUGCAUUUUCACUGCUUACAUUGUUUAGCAGAAGUAAAUAACUGAUGCAUUACAGAUAAUAGCUUCAUACCUGUAUAUGUAUUAAAAAUAUCAAAAAUGUUUUUUUUUUCUUCUUUUUAUUAACAUUGAAUUUAAAAAGGCCCCUUUAUGUUGUUAAAUAUUAUUACAUUUAAACCCCAUUUAUAUGUCACUCCCUCCACCUUCCCCGGAAGUUAAAUUCCUCUGCUUUAAGGGUAAGGGCACACAGAUCAGAUAACAGGCUGAGAAAUGCAUACCCAACCCCAUGUGGGUGGGGAAGGUGGAUGAGUAGUUAAUCAUUGACAUCUUGAAGUUAUCAUUUUAAUGCAGUAUAUUUUUAAAAAGUACUGUUAAAUGUUAAAGAAAGUCUUGCAAGUCCCCCAAUAAAACAUGACCUCUAGGGAGAUAGGUCAUUUAAACACAUGCAUGAAAUGAAUAUGUCCCAAUUUGGCAAAAUCUCGUAUGUGUACAUUUUACAUAUAUAUUUUUGUGGCUUUGUGAAAAAAAAUCAUGAUUAGGAGAGACCACUAAGCUUAUAUGAUAACUUCAGCAUUGUUUCUAUGUAGCAGGCUAUUUUUGUAGCUAUGGGAAUUUUUACCUAUACUAUAUUACAUUGUAGUUGUCAUGCUCUCUUUCUAAAACCAUACAUUUUUUUAAAUAAAAAAUGUAUUUCAUGAUUGGCCCCUAAUUAAAUAGUUGGCACACUAUGCUUAAAAUUUUACACAUGUUUAGUAAAAUUUAAGUUUUCGUUCAGUUAGAGAUUAACAUCAAUUUUAAAAAUGAAGUACAUAAAAUAAAGCUUAUUUAUUAUUUUUUUACAGUUGAAAGUAAAAAUAUAAAAGUAUAUAAUAUUAAAGCAAGUGAUACAUGUUCAUGGUCUUGUAGAUAGCUGUAAAUGUUUUAUUCCUUAUACUUUCCUGUCUGAAUAUUAUAAUCAAUGUAAAGUCACAGUUGUGCAACAUAAUUUUUUUACUAAUUAUUAAUAGUUAUUCAAAAUGAUGUGUGUGUGUAUAUAUAUAUAUAUAUAUAUAUAUAUAUAUCAAUAUAUAUAUAUAUAUAUAUAUAUAAAUUAAAAUGUGCAUUUGGUAAGAAGAGACGCAUUUAAGUUACAUGGUUUGGACAAAGUAUGCAUAAGCUAACACAUCCAAGGCAUUGGGGGGUGGGGGGGAGAAAAACCAUACCUGCUUUUAAAGAUAGCCUUGCAGUUAAGAAGGUGUUUAUAAGCUAAAAAGCUGAGUGGUUUCUGUGGAAGAGGUCAUGCCAAAUAAAAAGAAAAACUGGUAUGGUCUUUCUCCCCACAAAAACAAUACUCUCGGUUAGGACUGACGUGACAGGGCGCAUCAUCUUAUUUAUACUUUGUCCAAACCAUGUAAGUAAAUGUGUCUCGUAUAUAUAUUAGGGUUGCACCGAAUGUAUGUAUGUAUGUAUAUCUUUAUUUAUAAAUCGCUACUUAUGUACGCAGCGCUGUACAGUAGAAUACAUUAAUACAAACAGGGGGUUGUUAGGAUAAUAGAUAAAUACAAAGUAUUACAAUAAACACAAAUAAAAGAUACAGUUGCAAUGAGAUAAGAGUCAAAGACACCAGAGGAUGGAGGUCCCUGUCCCGUAGAGCUUACAAUCUAUAUGGGAGGGGAAUCCAGGAUUCGUUCGGUAUUUUUGGCAGGGUUCGGUUUCGGCCAAACUGAAUCCGAAUCCUAAUUAGCAUGUGGAAGGGUUAAAUGUUAAAGGGGGGAAUUUAGCCCUUCCCAAUCCUAAUUAGCAUAUGCUAAUUACUAUUCGGUUCAGUAUUUGGCAGAAUCCAUGGGGGUAGGUUUGGUGCAUCCCAUAUAUAUUUAUACUUUUUUGCAGCGUGCACCCAGGCAUUCUCCCAGAAUUGAUAAUAACGUUUCUCUCUGUAUGUAUGUAUGUGUGUGUGUGUGUGUGUGUGUGUGUAUAUAUAUAUAUAUAUAUAGAUAUAUAUAUAUAUAUAUAUAGAUAUAUAUAUAUAUAUAUAUAUAGAUAUAUAUAUAUAUAUAGAUAUAUAGAUAUAUAGAUAUAUAGAUAUAUAUAGAUAUAUAGAUAUAUAGAUAUAUAUAUAGAUAUAUAUAUAUAGAUAUAUAUAUAUACACACACACAGCAGUUUGAAAAAGGCUACUGAGGUAGCCGAAACGUUAGUCUUCUCAAUAAACACCAGAUUAAUUCUAUAAGUCCUGUGAGUGCGGAUCUCUUCACUGCUGUUUCUAAUUCUUCACUUGGACCUGCACCCCAGGCUAUUGUGACCUGAUUGACGUGAGUGCCGGCUCUCUCCUGAUGAAUAUAUAUAUAUAUAUAUGUGCUUGAGAGAGGGUCAGCACUCACAGGACUUAUACAAACAAAUAAUUUUAUUAAAGAGGAGACUAACGUUUCGGCUAGCACUCUAGCCUUUUUCAAAAGUAUAUAUAUAUACUGUAUAUAUAUAUACUAUAUAUAUAUAAGGACAGAGAGCCGCACGCACAAGGACUUAGCGAUUAGUGAAAAUAUUUAUUUGAAAAAAAUCCAACGUUUCCAGUACUGACUGUACUCUUCCUUAUAUUUCCUCAUUUUGCCAGCACCCAAGGCAUUUGAGCCUUUGUAGGGUGUGCUCCACUCUUCCUUGUAUAUGUAUAACGUUUCGGCUGCAUCCACAGCCUUUCUCAAAGACAAUGUGAAACAAACACAGGUGCACUGAAAAAAACGAAUUUAGCGCCAAACAAUGGUCAUAGGUGUGAAUACAUUAGCAUACAGUGUGAAAACUUUGAAAAAGGCUAGUGUAUAUAUAUAUAUAUAUAUAUAUAUAUCUAUCUCAAAGCCAAAAAUAGAAAGCACCCACAGCUACAACGUCCAUCAAGUCAGUGGUUUAUUUCAGCAUACUAUCAACGUGUUUCGAUCCCCACAGGAUAGUCAUCAGGAUGACGAUCCUGUGGGGAUCAAAACGCGUUGAUAGUAUGCUGAAAUAAACCACUGACUUGAUGGACAUUGUAGCUGUGAGUGCUUUCUAUUUUUGGCUUUGAUGCAUUAUUUUGGUUAGCACCAAGCCAUUGCUCUUAUAUUGGUGAUUGCCGAUUUUUUGCAAGACUAAUAUAUAUAUAUAUAUAUAUAUAUAUAUAUAUAUAUAUAUAAUAGUAGUUGAAAAUGGAUCGCAUCACACAGGACUUAUAGAAAAAAUAGGUUUUAUUUAGGUGCAAAAACAAAAAACUGACGUUUCGGCUACAACAGUAGCCUUUCUCAAAGGGUAUUGGGUAUAAAUAAAAUACCAAAUGCUUGGAAGCUGCACACCACAAGUAGUGAUGAUACCUGGGUGCCUGUGCAAGAAAUAUUUAAAACAGGCAUGGAAUAACGGCACACACAGGAUUUUCACACGCAGUAGAGUUUUGCAAGAAAGUGAUUUAGAGGUUUAUUUCGACCAACGUUUCAGUUCCACACAGGAACUUUCGUCAGGGAUACCACACCACAGUGAAAGGCAAACAGUUAUAAGCCCAAAAAGGGCGCCAAUGUUGUUGCUAGGCAACCCAGACAAACACAAACAAAGACUGAAAAAAACGGAAAUGGUUAACAUAAAGAGAAAAACAAAUCAUAAGUAUUAAAUAACUUAUAGGAAUAGUAUACAGGUUAGGGUAUAUCUGGCACUUAUGGCAUAAUGUGCCAAUGGGUAAAAUAAAAAAUGUAAUGGGCGUUUGGUUGCAAAGACCCCCUAGAGUAACACACACCUAUUCCCAGAACUCCAACUUAUGUUAACCAUUUCCGUUUUUUUCAGUCUUUUUUUGUGUUUGUCUGGGUUGCCUAGCAACAACAUUGGCGCCUUUUUGGGCUUAUAACUGUUUGCCUUUCACUGUGGUGUGGUAUCCCUGACGAAAGUUCCUGUGUGGAACUGAAACGUUGGUCGAAAUAAACCUCUAAAUCACUUUCUUGCAAAACUCUACUGCGUGUGAAAAUCCUGUGUGUGUCGUCAUUCCAUGCCUGUUUUAUAUAUAUAUAGUUUUUUCCUAAUGAAAUGUACAAUUUCAGUAAUUCUGUGCAUUAAUGUUUUGAUACCCUUGUCUGAACUUUCUUGAACAAAGAUUUUGUAAACAAGAUUUUUCACAUAACCUCCCUAAAAUUGUACUGUUACAAAACAUUAAUUGAACUUAAGACUGUGAACAAAAUUCUGCUAGCAUGUGUUUUGGUAUACUUUGGAGGUUUUCUUUUUGUUUUUCAUAAGGGGUAUGCCCAUAUAUAUAUAUGAUAAAUGACUACUGUGCUCUCAAUAAUUAUACAUGUAUAUGUAUAUAUGUCUUUAAGAACAACAACUGAGGUAAUUUAUUACAGAAUGUCAAUCCUUUUGUUUUAGAAAUGUCUAGGUUUAAUGAAGAGUUUUAUGCUUGUAAAGAUAAUGAAAAAUUUGACUGACCUGUCUGAAGUUCUAUUUUAUCUCUGAUAAAUAAAUGUUAUAAUGUGGAUCUUUAAAA